AUAUCAUACCAUAGUCUACCAAAGCGAUGCCGCUUCAAAUCCUCAAAAUCCCAACCCCGGCACCCAAUGAGACCCCCUCCGCCAUAUCCCUAAUCUCAGCCCUAUCCCUAACCCCCCAUCCCGAAGGCGGCUAUUUCAAACGCACACAUACAAACCCCACAGCCAUCCCCUGCCCCUUCCCGGGAAAGGAUGGCGAGACGCGCCCGCUGAGCACGUCCAUCUUCUACCUCCUAACCGCACAUUCGCCCAUCGGGCGACUCCACAGGAACCGGAGCUCCAUAGUGCACACAGCAGUCAGGGGACGCGGGCGGUAUGUGCUCAUCCAUGAGAGCGGGAAGGUGGAGACGUUUGUCGUUGGGUGCCAUGUUGAAGGGGGCGAAGUGGCCCAGUGGGUCGUUGAAGGUGGGCUUUGGAAGGCUUCCAUGCUGGAGGAGGGAGCGGGGGAGUUACUUAUAACAGAGGUAUGGUUAACCUGCCGGCCCCCCAUCCCACUCGCAGCCGUGAAGGUGAGGGUAACGAAUGGAGCGAUGACAGGUUGUGGUCCCCGGCUUCGACGUUUCGGACAACGAAUUCAUGGUGAAGGGUAGGUUGGUGGACAUUGUUGGGUCAGAUGCAGCCGAGGAACUGAGCCCUUUGCUACGUUCGGAUGGUCAGAGUCAGGUUUCAUGAUUGUGUACCCGUUGCCUGAUUCAAAUCUACACCGCCACCGCAUAUCCCAUGAGCAAAUCGGAGCUCCCGGCCGGUGAGCAUAGUGUUCUACUCGAGUACAAUACCCGCAUGAUAUGAUAUAACACAACACGACAGGUGCAAGGGCCAUACGAGCAGAUACACAUAUCCCAUGGGACGAAUGGCCCGACCUUUUUUGUCCACGAAAACAGCGCCCCUCCAGAUACCCUGUCGGAAAGCCUGGAGAACUGAUAACCCAAAGCACUCGUAUCAUACCAAGGAUCGCGUGAAUGGAGUGGAACGCCGUGCCCACUUCCAUUGUCCAUCCACCUAUCCAUCCGCACGGGGGGUGCACCAUGACCGGCAGAAGAAUUCAAAGGUGUAAAAGCGCCCAUGCCCUACUAGUAGCACCGUAAUCGAUCCACGAUAUUACCCGCGUAUAUGCAUUGUCCGGAGAACAGUCCAUACCGCUGAUGUCCCAGAUACUCCAGGAGUAUAGAUUUUCCGGCGGCGGGGGGUGGGAAAGGGGCUGUAGCGGUACUGGAGUAACACUUGCUAUCGAUAAUAUUAUGAUACCACAUAUUGUGGGGUAGAGGUGGCUUUGCGUUACCCCCCGCCUGCAGCUCCAAACCGAAUACCACAACCGCGAGCACCAUUGGUCCCAGCCACAGAUAUACACACGUAUGAAUACCCGCAAGGUAUCCUCUUCUUCCAAUCCCCGCCCACCCAGUCGCAAACUUACAAAGCCGAACCGACCAACCACAUACCUACUAUCUCUCUCUUUCUCCCCGCGUUUUUCGCCGGAUCCCUCAUAAUUGCCAGCUAGCUAGCUAGUAAUCAAGCAAUCGAGCAUAUCCUGCUAACCACUCGAGCACCAUACGAGCACGAGUACCGCUGGAAGCACUUUCGAUCGACGGACGAGCCCCUCCCUCCCUUCCUUCUCCAACCAACCAACCAACCGACCAACCGACCAAACGACAGAAAGACAGAAUAUGAUGGGCCGCCUCGGGAAGGAAAGCAAGGGUGGAAGGAGGCAGCGUCUGGGGGAGCCAUGAUCCCUUGUCCAAUACGGUGCAAUACGAUACAUAAUGGUGCGAGCGGCCUACCGCUACAGUACAUGGUAUGAUACGACAAGCGCACGCUGGCUGCAGAGCCGGCUUGAUCAUAAGCUAUCCUUUCCUAGAACGAUAGAGAUGAAUAAAAAUGGAGAAUAGAAUGCUACUUUUGCUUUGCUCCCGUGCCCGCUUUCUGAUUCCAGAGCGACCCCCCUCCCUCUCCUACAAUUCCCCCCUCGCAUCCACAGAGCUGUGUGGUAGGAUAUACGUUAUCACAAUCAAUAUUCAUACAUAUAGAGCAUAACCCUCCCCCCAUUCUGCUCAUUCCAUCCCUUAAUACCCCCCUAAAAAAGAUCCUUUGGGUCAGAAUACUCUCCUACCAUUCAUCCACAAUAUAGCUCCACCUCCACCUCUACAUUUCACUAAAAACACCAAUGAACCACCGCGUGCUCCUCCGAUCACCGGGUUUCCAGCCAGAACGACAGCUUUUGAAGAGCAGUACCCAGAGCUUAACCUCGCACCUGGCUCGUCCGCCGAGUUUGAAUUUUCAAAAGAGUUUUCUGUUCGUCGCUUCCUCUCCGAGUGGGGAUGGCGGGAGGGCCUUUUCGCCGUCAUCGGCGGGGCGGUUUAUGGAUGGUGGCGGUGGCAGCGCUGU